CAAGGAUCAAAUGUGUUCAUGUUUGGCUUGGAUAAUUGUAAAUUACCGUUUUAUUUCGCGUGCUAUGCGGACUUGGUACCGGGGAAGAAACGGGUCGAGAGUGUUCAUAAAACAGAGAAAAUCAUGGAGAAAAUAGUGGCUAAAAAGGAGAUUGUAGAAAAACCGUGUUAUUACGACGACGUGCCGAAAUUGGAUUUAAAAAUUCCUGGACUUGAACCGAGUAUGAUUUUAAAAUUGCAAGAAUUGGUUGUUAAAUAUUCGCUACAGGAUGGAAGAUAUGCUCCGAAAAUGGCCCCUCCAAGUUGGCGAUACAAUUUAAUCGACAUUUUAUCCAAACUAACAAAGAAAAUCUGUCCAACGUAUCAAGUUUCUCACGAGUUUUUAAACAUAAUGUGGAACAUGAUUCACAUUUAUUGGCAUCAAAUCAAACCCGAUGAAAUUAAUAUAAAAAUCGAUGAGGAUUUCUGGAUUAGAAAAAUUUCCGAGUUACAAAAUUGCUCCCUUGAAAUCGUCAAUGGAGGGUUUUACAUGGAGGGGAGGGGCGAUUUUGCAAUGAGCGUUGAGGGAAUGGAGAUCCUUGUCCGAGAAGAAAUUGUUGAUCUUGACAUGGAUUUGGACAUGGUUAUGGAUUCAUUUUGGUUCAUGUUCCAAACCAGCGUCGGAGCUUGCUAUCCUUUUCAGAUUCAUAAUCAGACCAAUUGGAUCGUGGAAUAUUUCACUAAAUUCAAAGUGGACGUUUUGUUUCCGCUGAUGUUUCGGUGGUCGCUGCCAAACGACGUGACUGACGAGUACGGGUUGUUUAUCGGUGAUGUGGAUGUUAAAAGAGCGGUUUACAACUUGAGAGUCUGCUCCACGGCGACGUUUGCAUUGAAUUCGAUUAGUGACAGGCAACUAGCGAGGCCGAUGGGGUUUGGGGGUGGGAUGGAAAAUGAGUUUGCCCAUCUGGAGAUGGGUGCGUAGAGAGUGCAUUUAUGUAAUUGUUAUGUAAAUGUUAUAUAAUAAUAAACACGUGACAGAGUUGUGUUAGGUGAA